UAAGGAAGCAUGGAUAUUCUUGGGGAAGUAUAGAAAGUUAGAAACCUUUCCCUAUAGAAAAUUUAUUCACGUCAUUAUCUGUCAACAAUCUUAUUGGGAUGUCAACAAUAAAAGCAAAUGAUGGCGCCCCCUUUUGCAAUAGAUUUUGCUCUUCUGGUUGCUUGUCUGUCACAACAAUUUCAUAAGAAAAACUACCGCUUCGAUGGCUUAGAUCGUUUUCCUUCCUUUCUUUUCACGGGAUAGCUUUAGCUUUUCCAAUGGCUACCAAAGGGGAGGAGGCUGUUUGUUUUCAACAAAUGCACUUCAUGGAGACCUCCAGACCAUGGCUAAGUCUUUACGGGGUCAGGGUUCGACCUGGAAGUACAAUUAGCAACCCUGAUGUUGAUCCAGCAUUAAUACAUCGUUGUUUGCCAGAUGAAUUGCUUUUUGAGAUUUUUGCACGAAUGACCCCAUAUAGCUUGGGUAGGGCUGCUUGCGUCUGUAGAAAAUGGCGAUACACAAUUCGCAAUCCCAUAUUUUGGCGUGGUGCAUGUUUGAAAGCUUGGCAGAUGACUGGACCAGCAGAGAAUUGUAGACUCGUCCGGUUUAGCUAUGGGGGCUCAUGGAGGAAAAUGUGGCUUUUGAGACCUAGGCUUCGUUUUGAUGGUCUUUAUGUGAGCAGAAAUACUUACAUCCGAGCUGGAGUUGCUGAGUGGAAGGUUACUAAUCCUGUGCAUGUGGUGUGCUACUACCGGUACAUAAGGUUUUAUCCAUCAGGGAGGUUCCUGUACAAGAACUCAUCUCAGAGACUCAAAGAAGUGGCGAAGUACAUGAACUUCCGUGCGUCCAAUGCUGAGUGUGUUUUUAGUGGUCAUUACACUUUGACAAAUGACCAGGUUGAGGCUGCUAUAUUAUACCCAGGAUUGCGUCCUACUGUUUUGAGGAUCCGUCUAAGAUUGAGGGGAACAUGUGAUGGAGCAAACAAUCGGUUAGAUCUUCUUUCCCUUGUGACAAGUGGAAUAAAUGAUAGCGAGCUUAAUGAUAGUGAUGGAAAUAUGCUCGGUAUGGUAGAAGGGUGGCAAGAGGAUGAGACACACAAUCUUGAUGUGCCUGCAAUUUCGCAUAGGAGGGGUCUGACACCCUUUGUAUUCGUUCCAUUUGAAGAGGUUGAAACAUCUGUUCUGAAUCUACCAGUUGAUAAGAUGGACUAUUUUGUUCCAGGAUAGCGAUUUUCGUUGAAAUUAUUUACUCAUGGGCGAUGCCGUUGUAUAGUAAGAUGUCGUCUUGUAUAUCUUUUAUUUGUUGAGAUUGAAAUCUUUGGAGUCAUCAUGUUCCAUAUAUCCUUAGGACUCCAUUUUACCAUGUGUUAUUUAUUCCGGUUUGUAUUUGUUCUUGCCUAGUGUUCCCAGUUCCCUUGUUAUAUAGUUGACAGUUCGGUAAAUUUCAUUGCAAAUUUACUUGUAUUUAAACUAUGGUUGAGAACUCGACCAGUGUCAGGUAUCAGCAUUUGUGAUAGUUUCAAUCAGGUGUGAUUGCAAGAGGUCAAAAAGCUUCAAAUAAAGUUUGUAGUAAAUUCUGAGAAAUGUUAAAUAUGAAUGCGAUUGAGAUGUCUGUGCA